UCUUGUUCUGAUUCAGAGCUGAGUUCUACUACAGUGCUCGAUCAGUCCUCACCUCCAUGUGAAUCUGAUGUGUUCCCCAACAACUCCUCAUGCCCAUACCAUCAUCCAUUCAGGCAUGGCCUUUUCAAUUAUCACCGUCACCACCGCUUUUUUCUCUUUUCCCAUUUUGCCCUCCCUAUAUUAUUAUUUUUAUAUAUUUUAUGAGUUUGGGCAUCACUUCUCUCUAUCUCCAUCUCUUUUGUAUAAAUAGAAACAUUCAAGAUCAAGGGAAAAAAAUUGAAGUCUCUUCUUCUCUACUUCUCUGAAGUCUAAAGCUAUGAAUUCGUCUACUAGUCAUAACGUUGGUGCUCAAAUUGUUGCCAAACGCACCUCUUCUCGACGAACGGCGUCGUUUUCGUCUUCAUCUUCAUUUUCAUCCACUUCGUCAUAUUUUCCCGACGAUUCUCCUCUCAGUCCUGCCACCCCGCUAAGAUUUUCUGGGGUGCCAUUUUCUUGGGAACAAUUACCCGGAAUUCCCAAGAAAAAUAAUAUUAACAACAACGUGCUCAAAAAGAAGGAAUCUUUCUUGAAACAACUCCCUCUUCCGCCUCCCCUUACACACCCAAACUUGAAAAACUUACAUUUCAACCCCAACAUCGGAGUGAAGAAGAAAUUCAGCGGCAGUGGCGAUCACAGCUUUAGAAAGGAUCCGUUCGUAGCCGCAUUGGUUGAAUGUUCAAAAGGAGAUGAUGACAACGAUGAAAAUGACGAUUCAACGAGCAGCAAGCUGUUUUUGAAUGUGGGGAAAGUAUCAAGAAGUAUAAGUGACAGGUUUGGAUUUGUAAAUCUUUACACUUCUUGUAAAAGAACUUGUGCAGUUUCAGAAUCCAUAGUUUAUCUUCCGAGGUCUAGCAGAACAUCUUAUGAUCUAAUUCAUCGCCGCCGUUCACGCUGAAUUGAACAGCCGUUGAUCGUUACUACUACUACUGAUAACUCAUCGGAGGCUGGUGAUGAAUUCUGGGUUUGCUUAAAUUAAGAAAAAAAAUUAAAUUAUAUUUCAGUUAUUGUCUUUUCUGGAUUAGGGAUGUCCCAGUUCUGAAAUUUAUAUUGUAAUGAGAAAUGCUAUAUGAACAAA